GUGAAAGCUGAAGCAAAAAAGGGAUCUGAGCUGAAGGUAUUAGUGUCCUCCUGGAGAGCAGCAGUCGAGAGAUGUACUCCCCCGGGUAUAGUACCAUAGUAACUGCAGUCGAUAUACAGUUUGGAGGACGCUGUGGCCAGGUGCUGAGAGGAGCAGCUUGUUUGAAGAAGAACAUGUUAGACUCCUAUUUUCUGAAGGAGCUGGAUGAUGAACAGGUGGCCUUGUUUGAAUUCAACAAAGGCUGGAAGCUCUCUGGGAUCCAAAAGUUGUAUUAUAACUGUCUAGUUAAAGAACUGGGAGGCUUUGGCACAGACCCUGGCAAAUUCAUUUGGCCAACCAGUGUGACCAUGACUCUGGAUGGAGAUCUGGCUGUAAAAGACAGUGGAAAUGAACAGAUUCAGCUCUUCUGCUCUGAAGGUCUCUAUAAACAUAGAUUUUCCUAUGGAUCUGGGACAGUAAAAGGUCUGGGAGAUAUAGUAUGUAUACAAGAUGGAUUGUUGCUUGUGACAGAUGGAUCCAAAGCUAUCAAGGUCUUCUCUAGAGAUGGUGAGAUGAUCCAUCAGCUGAAAUCUCCAGACAUGGACUGGAAUCACUCCUAUGGGAUGGCAAUCCUGAAGUCCAAUGAUAUUGCAAUAACUGACUGGACAGAUUUGGGAAAAAUUCACAUCAUUAGAAUCGACUUGAGAAUGAGUGCUAUCACGAGGAUGUAUGUGAUGGAUGGGUUCCAUAGACCAGAGCACAUUGCAGUCAAUAAGAGAGAAGAGAUGCUGGUUACCAAAGGGCAGCUUUUUGGAAAAAAACAAGGCUCCUGUCUCAAGGUCGUGAACAAAGAUAGAAUUCAGAAGAAGACCAUUGGACCAAGCUAUGAAAACAGGAUCACCUUUGUAAACCCCUCUGGAGUCUGUGUUGAUUCUGAUGAGAAUUUAUUUGUAGCAGAUAGAGGACAAAACUACAUAGUGAUGUUUAAUCCUGAUGCAUCCCUGGUUGCUUUGGUAGUAAAUGAAAAUUUAGAAGGCCCUUGUGGGCUUUCAGUAACAAAAGAUGGGCUCUUGGCUGUUGCUGACUGCUAUCACCACAGUGUAAAACUGUAUAGGUAUAAAUGAGAGUACCUUUGACAUUGAACUUGCCCAAAUAGAAAUAUUUGAUUUGUAUGUUGUAGAUAAAACAAGAGCUGUAAAAAUCUUGGUUCAGAAAGUUUUGAAUAAUGUCUAUUCCAGACUCCAAGACACAGGCAAUACAGUCUCAGAUCAUUCUAAUCCCAUUUCUUCUACUGACUUUGUGCCUGAUCUUGGGCAAGUCCCUUCAUCACCUCACAGUUCCUUCACCUAUAACACUGGUCUGACAAAACUCAUUUCCCUAGUAUUUAAUUAAAACAUAGGUCAGGGUCAGGUUUCAAGUGCUGAAGAUGUAAAGUCCUAGAUAAGAAUAAAUUGUUAUAACAAAUUCCCAAAUUUUAGAGAUGGUUUAUUAAAAGAAUUAAAUGAUUGCUUUUGAAAAUCCAGUGUUUACAAUCAUUAUACAGUGGCAUGGGGAUCUCCACAAAUACUUGCAGAUUUUUUUCCUUGAUAAAUAUAUUGUGAGAGCUCACACAUA